GGGCCGGGGGGAUCGGCCCGUGUUCGCUGCUCACCGCCCCGUUGUCCGCAGGUGGGGAAAGGAGAGAUGAGGAAGGUGCCCGUGCCGGCCAACAGGUACACCCCGCUGAAGGAGAACUGGAUGAAGAUAUUCACGCCCAUCGUGGAACACCUGCAGCUCCAGAUCAGGUUUAACUUAAAGACGAGGAACGUUGAGAUCAAGACUUGUCCGGAGACAAAGGACCUCAGUGCUCUGACAAAAGCAGCUGACUUUGUGAAAGCAUUCAUACUUGGCUUUCAGGUGGAGGAUGCUCUCGCUCUCAUCAGAUUAGACGACCUUUUCCUAGAAUCAUUUGAAGUUACAGAUGUCAAACCUUUGAAAGGAGACCAUCUGUCAAGAGCAAUAGGGAGAAUAGCAGGAAAAGGUGGAAAAACAAAAUUCACUAUAGAAAACGUAACAAGAACACGCAUCGUUCUUGCUGACUCGAAAAUUCAUAUUUUAGGAUCUUUUCAGAACAUUAAAAUGGCACGAACAGCAAUUUGCAAUCUAAUUUUAGGAAGCCCACCAUCCAAAGUUUAUGGCAAUAUUAGAGCUGUGGCCAGCAGAGCAGCUGAAAGAUUCUGAGAUGCAGUGGUGCUGCUUUACCAAGGACUGUGGCUGGGGAGUGUGGGUACUGUGGGCAGAAGCUGUGCAAUCACAGAGGCUAUGGAAGCACUCUGCCUUCUGCUGGACUGGGAAGCACAGAAGAAAAAUGGGACUGUUUGUGCAGUCUGAUAUACUCCAGGCAUUCUGUCUGAUUUGAUCACAGUCUGUGUACAGCCAUUAAAAGCUAUUCUAAAAACGAUGAAACUGUA